AUGUCUACCACAGUUGCUAAUAAGACAUUCAGAACCACUGGAGGUGGCCCUACAGUCGUCGAGGCUUUCGCCAAAGGUGAACUUGCACCACAACAAAUGAUGGACGCACUCAACGACAUUGCGAUGAAGUGCAAAGAACGUGGUAUCCAAAUUAUCAUCGAUGCCGAGUCUCAACGCUGGCAAGACGGCAUCGCACGUACUGCACUGGAACUCAUGCGAAAGUUCAACACAGACGGAAAAGCUGUCGUCUACAACACCUACCAAGCGUACCUGAAAGCUACACCUGCCAGCGUUGCCGAACACAUGGCAGAAGCGCAGAAAGGUGGAUUUACACUUGGCUUGAAGCUUGUUCGCGGUGCAUACAUCCUCUCCGAUGACCGUUCCUUGAUACACGACACGAAGCAAGAAACCGAUGAUGCAUACAAUGGCAUUGCUCAAGGUGCGAUACGGCCAGCACUAUGGGCGACUUUGGCGCCGAAGGACCAACCGCGAAACCGUUUCCAUCGCUUAAUCUGUUCCUCGCCAAGUCACAACCGCGACAGCGUACUUUCAGCACACAGACUGCGCCAGCAGAGGAUCGAAGCAGGUCUUCCCACAGUUCCGGUCGCUUUCGGUCAAUUGCAUGGUAUGAGCGAUGAAGUCAGCUUUUCGCUGUUGGCGGAGAGAGACGAGAAUCAGAAUCCUCCUGAAGUGUUAAAAUGCUCAACUUGGGGCACAAUGGGCGAGUGUAUUGGAUACUUGCUGAGGAGGGCAGUGGAGAAUCGCGAUGCGGUACUCAGGACUAAGGACGAGUUUGCAGCUUUGAGGAAGGAAACUUGGAGGAGGAUGAAGUCGCCAUUCUCUGCAUGA